AUGUGGGCACUCUUGGUCCUCAUAGGUGCUGCAUCUGUUUCUGCUCAUCUGCAGGAUCUUUCCUUUGAUGGACAGAAGGUGUUUCGUGUGAUUCCACGGAAUGAUGAGCAGGUGGAAAUCCUCAAUUCCCUUGCCAGCAUCAUGCAGGUCGACUUUUGGCAGCCAGACUCUGUCACUCUGGUAAGGCCAAAAAUGCAAGUUGAUUUCCGAGUUGGAGCUGAGAAGUCUUUUGAGGUUGAAGAACUUUUGAAGGAAAGUGGAGUGGAGUAUCAAGUUCUGAUUGACAACCUGCAGGCUGUGAUGGACGCCCAGUUUGACAGCAAAUCUCGUGCCACCGGCCACAGCUAUGAAAAGUACAACGACUGGAACACGAUAGCUGCUUGGACUGCUGAUAUUGCUGCUCAGAACCCAAACCUCGUCUCUCGUAGUGUAAUUGGGGAAACAUAUGAAGGACGGCCAAUGUACCUUCUUAAAGUGGGAAAAAGUGGUCAAAAUAAGAAAGCCAUCUUUAUAGAUUGUGGUUUCCAUGCAAGAGAGUGGAUCAGCCCUGCUUUCUGCCAGUGGUUUGUGAAAGAGGCUGUUGAGACCUAUGGCAAAGAUACUGUCACGACUACACUUCUGGACAAGUUGGACUUCUAUGUUUUGCCUGUUGUUAACAUUGAUGGUUACGUUUACACUUGGACGAAUAACCGCAUGUGGAGAAAGACUCGCUCUAAAAAUGCCAAUAGCUUUUGCUAUGGUACAGAUCCCAACAGGAAUUUUAAUGCCGGCUGGUGCACUACUGGGGCCUCAAAAAGUCCUUGUGCUGACACUUACUGUGGCUCUGCACCUGAGUCUGAAAAGGAGACCAAGGCUUUGGCUGAUUUUAUUCGUGAACAUCUUUCUACAAUCAAGGCAUACUUGACGAUUCACUCCUAUUCCCAGCUGCUACUGUUUCCUUAUUCAUAUACUUACACACUGCCAUCGGAUUACCAGGAACUGAAUUCCAUUGCUAGUGCUGCAUCCAAACAGCUGGCCAGUUUGUACAAUACUAAAUAUACAUACGGUCCAGGAGCUGAAACAAUCUACCCUGCUGCAGGGGGCUCUGACGACUGGGCUUACGAUCAAGGUGUCAAGUAUUCUUUCACUUUCGAGCUCCGAGACACCGGCAGAUAUGGUUUUCUUCUCCCUGAAUCUCAGAUAAAGCCAACCUGUGAAGAGACUUUACUUGCUGUUAAAUAUAUUGCCAAUUAUGUCCUUGAGCACUUGUAUUAGAAUGGAGUUCUAAAAACUAUUA